CGCAAUUUUAUGCUUCGAGGCAUAUCUACACCGUGUCAGAACCACCUCGUGCCGAAACAGACCUCAGUCGGGACUCAAGGCCCCGCGCCACACUUGCAACAAGGGCGCGGCAGGCUUUUGGCAUUUAGCUUCGAUGAUGUCACAGAUGUCGUAAUCUUACCAACAAGCAAGGAGCUUGCACUCAGGCUUCCACUCUAGGCAGCAGCACUCUGCGCGUGGACAAUCCAGCUGUGAAAGCCAUGUCGCUGGAAGAAGAGUUGUCCGAUGCUGCUGAUUUUGUCCAGGAGGAUGACACGUUCGACGUUGAUGAGGGUACCUCCGAAGAUGAGGUGGAGCGGAAAAUAGCCGAGGAGCAUGUGAAGUACAAGGAGGCGCAGGCGAAGCGGCAGGAGGAGGUGCGCGCCAACCGCUCAUGGAGCGCGCCGCCCAUGGAGUCGCCGCGGCCGGAGCAGCAGAAGGAGCGUGAGCGCGAGCGCCAGGCGCGCGCGUCACAGCAUGACGCUCCCGACCCCGCCCCGCGUGCCGAGUACGAGCCGCCACCGCGGCCCUACCUGCCGGCGCAGGCCAGCGGCGGCGCCGGCAACCUGUCCUACCUGUCGCGCCCGCAGAGCGCCGAGCCGCGCGCGCCGUCGCGGCUGUCCAGCAGCGGCAACCGCGGCGGCUUGGGCAGCAGCCACCCGCCGGCCUCGCUGUCGGGCAUCGAGGAGGAGGCGGGCGAGCCGGGAUCGGGUGGCACCGGUGCCUCCCGCCAGGCCUCAGACGCAGGCCGCAGGACGUCCGGCGCCGGCCGCGGGGGCGCGGAAGACGAGGGCGCAGAGGCGGAGGCCUCGGCGGCACCGCCAGUGGAGGAGGAGGAGUCCCGGGAGCCUAUGCCAGAGCCCAGCGGCGGGCGCGACGAGGGCGAGGAGUCGGGCACGCGGGGCGGGGAGCCGGCUGAGGCGGAGCCCUCCGGUCCGGAGGAGCCCGAGGCGGAGGAGGUGGCGGAGGACGGCGCCGGCCACUCCCUGGGCGGUGGCGAGGGCAGCCAUGGCGAGGGCAGUCACGGCGCGCUGGCCACGUCCUUCUCGUUGCGGCCGCCGCCGGGCCAAGCCGUACUGGAGGAGGAGAGCUCGGCGCCGCCUCCCGAAGAGGAGGACAGCGGUGGCCGCCGGCCCAGCGACGGGCAUUAUGGGCGCGAGGGCGCUUCGUCCAUUGGCGCGGGCUCGCACCGGACCGGGCCGCCGCCGGCGCCGCCCGAGCCGGCCAUGGCCAUGCGUGGCUUCGUGGAGCCGUUGGAGUACGAACGGUCGGAGGUGCAGGAGGAGGAGUCGGCACCGGCUAAGGACGAGGAGGAAGAGGAGGAGGAGAAGGAGGAAGAGCAGGAGGAGAAGGAGGAAGAGGAGGAGGACGCGUAUGAGGACGAUGCGUUCGAGGACGAGGGGGCGGAUGGGGAGGAGGAAGAGGAGGAGGAAGACAAGCCGGUGACGCCGCCGUCGCCCGUCGCCGCGGCGUCGGCAGAGGCGUCCUAUUCCAGUGCGCCGCUGGUGGCGCCGCCGGCGGCUGCCUCGAUGCCGCCAGCAGUGCCGCCCAUCCCCAAAUUUGGCGCGGCCGCGAGCGGCGCGCAAGACGACGAGGACGAUGAGCAGCUCUUCCGCCGCGCCGCCGCCGCCGCCAACGGCCGUGCCGGCAGCAGUCUCGCCGCGUCCGCGGCGGCGGCGCAGCCGCCGCCGCCGGCGCUUGCGGCGCCAGAGCUGCUGCCGCCGCAACAGUUCGCGAUGCAGCUGCUGAAGCACGAUUUGGAGGUGCUACCACAGCACCACAAGGCCGCGGCGGACGCGGCGGCGGCGCGGCGGCGGCCCACGUCGGCGCGACCCGCCGGCGCCGGCCUGGCUGCCUUUGGCUACCUGGGCUACCACGUACCAGAGGACGGCCUCACGGCGCCGUCAGGGCCGGGCUUCCGGGGCUCCAGCGGCGGCGGCCGGCCCGGCUCGCCGGGGCGCGAGGGCUCCGCCGGCGCGGCCGGGCUGGCGGCGGGGCCGUCGCUGACGACGAUCCGGGUGCCGGGGGCGGAGGGCGAGGGCGAGGAGGGCGGCGUGGGCCGGCCCACGUCGGCGCCGCACAUGCGCCCGGAGGCCGCGGAGCCCGCGGCCAUGGCUGCCUCCAGCUUCAUCGGCGCCACUCGCGAAAUGCGCGCCGGCCGCGGCCUCCCGCCGCUGUCGGGCCAGGCCCCGGGCGGGGGCAGGGCCGGCAAGGCCAGCGCCGGCCGCGGCAGCGGCGGCGGCGCAGCCGCGGCGGCGGCCGCCGCGGACGGCGGCAGCCCGCCCACCGAGGCGUCGCUGUCCGUGCUGGACGAGCAGGAGGCGCACGCGGCGCAGAACCGCAUCAAGUUUGACGUAUGGCUGGACGCGCUCAGCGGCAACCACCAGGCCGCCGCCGCCCCCUCCAAGGCCGGCGGCACCGGUGCCGGCGACGGCGCGGGUGCAGGCGGCAGCCGCCGCUCGCGGCCCAUGACGGCGCCCGCGACUGGCCGGCGGCGGCCGGUGUCCGCGCGGCCCGGCGCCACCGGUGCGCCUGUCGGCGGCGCCGCAGCGGGCGUGUACGGCGUGCAGCCCUACACCGUCAACGUGCCCAAGCCCAUCGGCCGGCCCAUGUCCGCGCAGCCGCACCACGGCCGCCCCACCUCCGCCGGCCGCGGCGGCGCGCCGCCGCCGAUGUUCUCCGGCCCCGUGGACGUCCCCGACCGCGCGCAGGCCGCCGCCAUCGCCGACAUGCCCGUCACCGUGCAGACGCUGCCGCCGGGCGCACUCGGCGUCGCCGUCGGCGGCGGCACCGCCGCCGUGGAGGUGGCGGGCGUGCCGGUGAGCGUGUACGUGGCGGACACGCUCAAGCGCAUCAUCGAGGCUAACCGCUGGCUGGCGGCGCUGGGCGUGGCGGGCAAGCGCUACCGGCUCAAGGACCGCUACAGCAACAUGACCGUGCAGCUGAUCGAGGAGAUGGCGCCCAUGCAGUACGACGCUCACGCGCAGCACACGUACGGCGAAGAGGCGGCGCACGGCCACCACGGGCACGGGCACUCGCCGUACGUGACAGAUGGCGCUGGCGGCGGCGGUGGCGGCGGCGGCGGCGGCAACGUGACGGUGUUGAAGGAGCUGACGCUGAAGCAAUUCCUGUCCGGCCACUCCCGGCUCAAGCAGCAGGCCAAGCGGCUAAGGCAGGCCGCACCGCCGCCACCCCUGCCGCCUCAGGGCGGCGGGCUGGGCCUGACUGACGGCAUCAGUGCCGGGCCCUCGGGCGCGCGCACGCACAGGCCGUUCUCGGCCGGUCCCAGCGGGCCGGGCGCUGGCGCCGGUGGCGCGGGCGGCACCCGGUCGCGGCCGGUGUCAGCCAUGCCCUAUGGUGCCGGCGCUGCAGGCAGCCCUGGCGCAGCGAUGUACGGGGGCGGGGGCGCGAGCGGUGGCGGCGCAGCGGCUGCGCAGCGGCCGGUGCGGCCCAGCAGCGCGAACCCGGCCUACGGCCGCACGCCGCAGUUUGGUGGCGCCUCGCCGCCCGGCGCGCCCGGUGGCGCCGCCGGCUUCUCGGGCCUCGCGUCCAGUAAGCGCAAUAACAGCGGCGGCGGCGCGGGAGCGGCGGCGCCGCCGGCGCACUACCGCACCGCCUGGGGUGCCGGCGGAGCCGGAACCGCAGGCAACAGCAGUGGCGGCGGCGCGCCUCUCCCAUACAUGGUGCGCUCCGUGUCGGCACGGCAGCAGGGGGUGGUGGAGCAUGAGGACGACGAGGGCGGGCUGGUGGUGGAGGCGGAUGAGCGCGGCGACGUGUCGCGUGCGGUGCGGCAGCAGCUCGGCGGCGCGGCGGAGUACUGCCAGGCGCGGCGGGCGGAGAUAUCGCGGCUUCGGAAUAUGCCCUUCGCGUGAGCGGGGUGGUGUUGGUGCGUUACUUGUGAGUUUGGUAACGAGUUAGUGUUGUGGCCGGCGGUGCAACCGCAGCGGCGCAGCAACCUAUCGCUUACUAUGGUCUGAGGCGGACGGCUGCGUGUGGUGCGUGGAAGGAAGGGUCCUGCAUGCGCGCAAUGAAUCCUUAUGUGCCGGGCGGACCGUACGUCCUUAGUAGCCCUGGUUGUGGGUGCCGCUCUGGCGACGCAUGUAGCCAAGCUCAUGCGGGCGGCAGGGAGGAACGGGCUCUGCAUGAGAGCCCGAGCGCGCGGCAGACAGGCCUACUGUAUCCCUGCAGAGAGAUGGGAUGGCGUGAAACACCGCUGAGCCCUUCGACAUUCAUAGCAUCAAGUUAGCCCAGAUUGCAUUCGUAAUAAAAGGACGGACCUGCUGACGCGCUAGCCCAGUCUGAGUAGAGAGGUGACCAGCUCGCAGGUGGCGCAGCGCGAUGCGCGUGGCCUAUGAUGCACAGCAGGGGAGAGCCGUGCUGCCAGGCGCUGCAGUCGCGCAGGGAAGCAGCGCCUGGGCGUGUGGAAGCAGUGAUGUUGUGUGUACCGUAGUGCAUCCAAGCGUGCACAGACAGUCCAAUGUAACACUUCGCGUGUGAGCAUACAUAUCCCGGCAGAGUGGGCCACUCGGGCGGGACAGGGCUGGCCCGCAAGUGGCCUGUGCCGUUGGCCAGUGCACACGCGCGUGCAAAGCCUGUGAUGUGUUGGACGUAGGCGGCAGUAGUGCGGCACAUCACCACAGCCACGUGAGAGCGGACCCACGGGCCCCCAGGAAGGCUAAAGGGGGCUGGAUUAUGUGCGGCGUGGAUUGGCAUAUGUCGCUGCGGUGUUGACCCAGACGGAAGGGCUCCACAUGUGAUCUU